CUUGCGGAUUUGGGAAAUUUUUGCAGUAUUGAAUUUUGCCUGGUUGAGUGCUAUUGUUUUGUGGGUGGCCGGUUGAUAUACUAAGCAUUUAAAAGAAAGCUUUUAUUAUUAUUGUUAUUACAUUAUAAUUUAAAGUGUAGAAAUGGCAAAUAUUAGCGGAAAAACACUUUUGUCGGCAAAUCGCGCUAUCGGAGCAGCAUUAAAUGCCAACGCCGCACGUACACAAUCAUGGUUUGCUGGUGUGCAGAUGGGUCCACCUGAUGCAAUUUUGGGUGUAACCGAAGCUUUCAAACGUGACACGAAUCCCAAAAAGAUCAAUUUGGGUGUUGGUGCUUAUCGUGAUGAUAACGGUAAACCAUGGGUGUUGCCAAGUGUACGCCAGGCUGAGGAACGCAUUGUAGCCAAGCAAUUGGACAAGGAAUACGCAACCAUCAUCGGUGUGCCAGAUUUCUACAACAAAGCUAUUGAGUUGGCGCUUGGUAAAGAUUCCGAACGUUUGCGCGAGAAACACAAUGCCACAACACAGUCCAUCAGUGGCACCGGUGCCUUACGUAUUGGCGCCGCCUUCCUCAGCAAAUUCUGGCAGGGGAAUCGUGAGGUGUAUGUGCCCACACCCACUUGGGGCAAUCACGUGCCAAUUUUCGAACACUCCGGACUGCCCAUUAAGAAGUACCGUUAUUAUGAUCCCAAAACUUGCGGUUUGGAUGUUCAAGGUUGCUUCGAUGACAUUAGCAAAAUCCCCGAAAAAUCCAUUGUCUUGUUGCAUGCCUGUGCGCACAAUCCCACCGGUGUCGAUCUCUCGCUGGAGCAAUGGAAAGAGCUCUCUCAACUGAUCAAGAAGAAGAAUCUAUUCCCCUUCUUCGAUAUGGCCUAUCAGGGUUUCGCCUCCGGUGAUGUCGAUCGUGAUGCACAAGCUGUGCGCAUUUUCGAAAAGGACGGUCAUCUGUACUGUCUGGCGCAGAGUUUCGCCAAGAAUAUGGGUUUAUAUGGCGAACGUGCCGGUGCCUACUCCGUCAUCACUGCCAGCAAGGAGGAAGCCGAUCGUGUCACAUCACAAAUUAAGAUACUCAUUCGUGCGCUCUACUCGAAUCCACCCAUCAAUGGUGCACGUCUUGCUGCCGAAAUUCUCAAUGAUGAGCAAUUGAGAGCCAUCUGGUUGAAGGAUGUGAAAACAAUGGCCGAUCGUAUCAUUAAUAUACGCGCACAAUUGAAGGGUAAUCUCGUGAAGUUGGGUUCAUCACGCUCCUGGGAUCACAUCACCAAUCAAAUCGGUAUGUUCUGUUAUUCGGGCAUGACCGCCGAAAAUGUGGAGCGUUUGUCGAAGGAGUUUAGCAUUUAUCUGACCAAGGAUGGUCGUAUCUCGAUGGCUGGCGUGACUAGCAAGAAUGUUGAUUAUUUGGCGCAUGCCAUGCAUGAGGUGACCAAGUAAAGUCAAAAUCGGCGAAAUAAUGAAAUUAAAUGAAUUUUAAUGCAAUGCGGCCUGGUUGCCGUUACAAUCUAACACUCGUAUAUACAUUUGUAUGUAUGUGUGUAUAGUAGAAUUUUAAUGAAUAAUAGCAGUCCAAGUCUUUUAGUUUAGAGAAAUAAAAUGAAGCAUGUAACAUGUACAUUGAGUACCUUUGCGUUUAUAUUCGCUCAAAACAAAAACAAUAGCAUGUAAUCGUAUAAAUUAAAGCAUUUACCAUAAAAAUAAAACUGUAAAAUCACAAAUUAAUAAACUAGUUUCAUAAAUA